AUGUCCAACCGAACCACCGUGACCGAGUUCCUUCUCCUUGGAUUCUCUGAUGUUUGGGAGCUGCAGAUUUUGCACUUUGUGGUGUUUCUAGUGAUUUAUCUGGCAGCCCUGGUGGGGAAUCUUCUUAUCAUAAUGGUUGUAGCCCUCAACAAACACCUUCAGACCCCCAUGUACUUCUUCCUGAUGAAUCUGUCUAUCCUGGACCUUGGAUCCAUCUCUGUCACCAUCCCCAAAUCCAUGGCUAAUUACAUACUGAACACCAGGUCAAUUUCUUAUGCUGGGUGUGUUGCUCAAGUCUUUCUCUUCGUCUUCUUCACUGAGGCUGACUUUGCUUUCCUCACCGUAAUGGCAUACGAUCGAUAUGUCGCCAUCUGCAAACCCCUGCACUAUGAGACUGCAAUGAACAGGAGAGCUUGUGUCCAAAUGGCAGCCAGUGCCUGGAUCAGUGGGAUUCUCUACUCUGUGCUACACACUGGGAACACAUUUGCAUUGGCAUUCUGUGGAGGCAACAUGGUGGAUCAGUUCUUCUGUGAAAUCUCCCAGCUACUCAAGCUCGCCUGCUCCGGCUCGUAUCUCAGUGAAAUUGGGGUUAUUGCCUUUAAUGCAUGUUUAACUUUAAGCUGCUUUGUUUUAAUAAUUGUGUCAUAUGUUCAGGUAUUCACCACGGUGCUGAGAAUCCCCUCUGAGCAGGGCCGGCAUAAAGCCUUCUCCACCUGCCUCCCUCACCUCAUUGUUGUCUCCUUGUUUGUUUGCACUGGCGGCUUUGCUUACCUGAAACCCACCUCCAGGGCUGGAUCAAUAUCAGGGCUGGAUCUCAUGGUGGCUGUUCUCUAUUCUGUGGUGCCUCCCAUGAUGAAUCCGAUCAUCUAUAGCAUGAGGAACAAGGAGAUCAAAGGUGCUCUGAAGAAACUGACUGGGUGA